ACUUGGGGCGCUGCUGCGCGAGUUUUUGUCAUUCUCCAUGGCUCGACGCAACAUAAAAUAACUUUUACACAUUCAGUUCGUGCCGAGAUGGCAUUUUUUCAAGUGUUUGUCCUGAGCAUCAUCAUUGUGGGAUCGCUGGGCAAGUCCUUCGGCAUACGGCGACUGUACGUGAACUUCCUCCUCAAGAUCUUCGAGUAUGGCCGUGUUAACAUUGAGACAGCCAAGAAGUCGCGCUACGAUGAUGUCAGCGCGGAGACGGACGACGAGGCGUCACUGACGUCGCAGACGAGCAUCGCGGCUGCUGAGCCUGGACAGAAAGUGAUGGUGAAUGGGAAUGGAUUCCUGGGGAAGCCGCAGCCGAAUGGAAAUCACUUGAUCUCACGCGAUCCGCUCAUCCUGGCGCCGGACGCUGAGUAUCAAUCGACGAAGAAGGAGCCGCCGAGGAAGAUCUCCAGCAGCAGUGACGAAUUCAAUGCUGAGGAGGAGAAGAACUUCGAGUUCAAUCUGGAAAAUUGCCUCGAUUACGUGAAGGCAGGAAUGGAGGCCAUAAUUGAGGACGAUGUCACGUCGCGAUUCGAGGCGGAGGAGCUGAAGAACUGGAAUCUUCUCACACGGACAAAUCGUCACUACGAGUUCAUCUCAUGGCGAUUGACGGUGAUUUGGAUGUGUGGAUUUUUCAUAAGAUACAUUGUCCUGAUGCCACUGAGAGUCCUUAUAUGCUUCUUUGGGGUUGCGUGGGCCGUAGUGUCGUUCGCCAUCAUUGGAUGCAUUCCAAUGAGGCGCCUGAGACGUCGUCUCAAUGAUGAGGCCUUUAAGAUAACAUUCAGAUUGAUAUCCAAUUCAAUAUCGGCCGUCAUAACAUUCCACAAUCCAGAGUUCCGACCGAGAAAUUGUGGAUUCUGCGUGGCAAAUCACACUUCACCAAUUGAUAUAUCAAUCCUGUCCACCGAUUGCACUUAUUCUCUGGUGAUGUGGCUGGUCAUUUGCACAGCUCUGGUGGGAUCCUUGCCAGACAAUGAUUUCAAGCGAUGGAUGGUGCCGCCAAUAUUGCGGCAUUGCUUCUCGAUAUUGGCCAGUUCGGUGUCCACAGUCAUCACGUAUCACAACGAGGAGAAUCGACCGCUGAAUGGAAUUUGUGUGGCUAAUCACACAACGCCAAUCGAUGCCCUCGUUCUCAUGCACGACAAUUGUUACUCACUGAUCGGGCAGCGACACGGCGGCUUUCUGGGUGUGCUGCAGCGCGCCUUGGCCAGAGCGUCGCCGCACAUUUGGUUUGAGCGCGCCGAGGCGAAGGAUCGCCUGGCGGUGGCGCAACGCCUGCGACAGCACGUCUCGAAUCCACGCAAUCCGCCGAUCCUCAUCUUCCCCGAGGGCACGUGCAUCAACAACACGUCUGUGAUGCAAUUCAAGAAGGGCAGCUUUGAGGUGGGCGGCGUGAUUUAUCCGGUGGCCAUCAAGUACGACGCGCGCUUCGGCGAUGCGUUCUGGAACAGCUCGCGCUACUCAAUGAUGCAGUAUCUGUACAUGAUGAUGACCUCGUGGGCGAUCGUGUGCGACGUAUGGUAUCUGCCGCCCAUGUUCCGGCAGGAGGGCGAGUCGGCGAUUGACUUCGCCAACCGCGUGAAGAGCGUGAUCGCGAAGCAGGGUGGUCUGGUGGAUCUCAUGUGGGAUGGCCAGCUGAAGCGGAUGAAGCCAAAGAAGGAGUGGCGACAGAAGCAGCAAGAGGAGUUCACCAAGAGACUCAAAGGCGAAUGAGGCGGCGAAGGUUGAUGAAGAGAAGAGGAGAAAGAGAUCCAGAGCAAGUCAUAAUGUGAUAAUUAGCCUAUUUUCUCUCGUCUUUUGUAAGCUCUGAUUUAGCUGUUUACUUUCUUCACUUGGUAGUUGCGCGACAAAGUGUCUUGUUUUUUGCCUGGUUAAAAUUGUUCUAGAAAACAAAGGAUAAAACACAAAAAUUCUUCCAUUUCUGGCUAAAUAAUUAAGUUUAAGACAGUGUGUGUGCGUGUUUUUUUUUCUUUGCCAGGGUGACUUCUUUAACUAAAAAGAAACAAAAGCUGUAAAGAUAAAAAAAAACUUUGUUAGUCAAAUUCUAUUUCUUUCUCUAUUCAAAGAAACCAAGAAUUUUCACAUUAUAAAUUGGCACAGAGUUCAAAUCAUGAUGAUUUGAUGUUUGUUUUUCAAAUAUUAGCACAAAAACUAAUAAGAUUAUAGUGAAAUAAAGUGAGAAAAUGUUGACAAGGAGCUUGAAAAAACCUGGUUUAUGAACAUUGCCAAUUAAAUACUCUAGAGAUUUGAUCAGAACAACUGGAAAUCUUUGCAAAAUUGAGUACAAAAAAGGAGUAAGAAUUGCAUGUUAAAAUGUAAUUGAGGUUGAACAUGAAUAGAUCAGGUUCGAAUCUUAUCGUCAAUGUCUUUUUGUGACUAUUUCUAACUAUAUUCCGUGUUCUAAUCAAAAAAUGUUCCAGAAACGUGAUUAUUAUUCUUUUUCUACAAGCAGAAAAAAAUGAUAAAUUAUAAGAGAAAAGUCAUUUGUACUGGAAAUUAUUUACCUUUGAUUUGAAACUCUGUUUAGAACUUUUUUUCUGGAAGUCUCCCUGCAAUAUAAUCUUAGUUUAGUGAGGAAAUAUUGUACAGAGAGAGAGAGAGAGAGAGAAAUGUUGAAAGGAUACACAAUAUUAAAGCUAGUCAUAGCGGUUUCAGCUGCUCGUCACACAACAAAUCACUUAACAGAAAUAUAGCAGAAAAAUUGAGAAAAAGAAAAAUGUCCAAGGAAGGGUUAAAAAAAAAAACAUAGAUUUUGCAUUCCAAUUGAGGUGGAUUUUCUUCUCGGAAGAAAACCAAGUGUUGCAAUUGAGGUAAAAAAAGGCCCGUCGAAAGAGCAGAAUUUUUUUAUACUCACACACGCUCCAUGAUUUGUUUCCCAGAUAAUUUAUCCUAUAAUUAAUUAUUUUUGUAGCAAAUAAAGAGAAAAAAAACUGUGUGAAAAGUUAAA